AUGGCCUUGCCCCGCCAUACCUCUCUGAGCUUCUUCACUCGUAUAAACCCGUCCGCGCUCUCAGACUGUUCGGAGAUGACUGACCAGGUGUAUAUGGAGGUCAUUGUUGGGGAGGAAGAGGCUGCUGGGAUAACAGAAGCACAACUGGAGGACACACCAGUUAACAAGAGCUUUGUUCCUGCGGCCUGGGCAACUGCUUAUGGAAGCAGCCUAGAAAGUAAGAACGACACAGGCACUCCCUACCUGCAGAUCUCUGACAGCAUCAGCUCAAGCCGAGCUCUUAAGCAGAAGUCAAAAGAAGAGGAGGAGGGAGAGACUCGCCAGUGCCAGACAGCUGUAAUCAUUGGUCCCGAUGGGCAGCCCCUGACCGUCUACCCCUGCCACAUCUGCGGCAAGAAGUUCAAAUCACGGGGUUUCCUCAAACGCCACAUGAAGAAUCACCCGGACCACAUGUUCAAGAAGAAGUACCAGUGCACCGACUGCGACUUCACCACCAACAAGAAGGUGAGUUUCCACAACCAUCUGGAGAGCCACAAGCUCAUCAUUAAGAACGAGAAGAUCCCCGAGUACACGGAGUACACGCGGCGCUACCACGAGGCCAGCCCGCUCAGCUCCAACAAGCUCAUCCUGCGUGACAAGGAGCCCAAGCUGCACAAGUGCAAGUACUGCGAGUACGAGACGGCCGAACAGGGACUCCUGAACCGCCACCUGCUGGCUGUGCACAGCAAAAACUUUGCACACGUCUGCGUGGAGUGCGCCAAGGGCUUCCGCCACCCUUCUGAGCUCAAGAAGCACAUGCGGACCCACACGGGGGAGAAGCCCUACCACUGCCAGCACUGCGACUUCCGCUGUGCCGACCAGUCCAACUUGAAGACUCACAUAAAGAGCAAACACGGGACUGAGCUGCCCUUCAAGUGCGGCCACUGCCCGCAGGCGUUCGCGGACGACAAGGAGCUCCAGAGGCACACCGAGAUUUUCCAGGGUCACAAGACUCACCAGUGUCCGCACUGCGAACACAAAAGCACCAAUUCCAGCGACUUGAAGCGUCACGUCAUCUCGGUGCACACCAAAGACUUUCCACACAAGUGCGACGUGUGCGAGAAGGGCUUUCACAGACCCUCCGAACUGAAAAAACACGCCGAGACGCACAAGGGGAAUAAAGUACACCAGUGCCGGCACUGCGAUUUUAAGACUUCGGACCCCUUCACGCUGAGCCGCCACAUUCUGUCCGUUCACACCAAGGACUUGCCGUUUAAAUGCAAGCGGUGCAAGCGCGGCUUUAGGCAUCAGAACGAACUUAAAAAGCACAUGAAGACUCACAGCGGUCGCAAGGUCUAUCAAUGCCAAUACUGCGAGUACAAUACUACGGACGCUUCGGGUUUCAAACGGCACGUCAUAUCCAUCCACACUAAAGAGUAUCCGCACAGGUGUGACUAUUGCAAGAAGGGUUUCAGGCGGCCGUCGGAAAAGAACCAACAUAUAAUGCGACAUCAUAAAGAAACCCUACUAUGACGCUCUUUCAUCCCCGAAAACAAGAUCCGACGCCCCACAGCCGCAUAUGUCGACCUUCUUAUUUAAUGUUCCGCUCGUAGGUAAAGAAACAAUCAAAACGGAGACGUGUAACAGUGGUCUCUCGCAGGCCAAAAAGUCGAGCAAACAGUCAUUCAGGGUCUCAAAUGCCUAUAUUUUUAUAUCCACUUUGCCGCAAGCAAAUCACAUCCUCUAAUAAAGGGAUGGAUCACCCAAAAAUGAAAAAUUGGUCGUCAUUUACACACUCUCAUGUUGUUUCAAACAUUUAUGACUUUCUUUUGUAGUGUCGUUCAAGGUUCGAAAAGGAUGACAAAUCCCAAUAUAAGUGUCAUAAACAGAGACUUUGUGGCACGUUUGUCUUGUCAUCAAUGAUGUUGUGUUUCAAUGGGACAAAAUGACAUGGGUUCGGAAUAACAUGAGGGGAGUUUUCUUUUAUGGGUGAUCCAUUCCGGGUCCAGGCCUUAGUCAGGAUGAACGCCAUAUUGAAUUUUACGCAGAUGAAAACACGGCCAGACUUAAAGUCUUUACAAUGACGUUCACUGUAUAAAGAUCCUAAAACUAGCAACUUUCACGAAGUUUUAUGUCUGCCCCAGAGCCUUUAUUUAAAAAAAAAACUAAAAGGAAAUAUGGCGCUACCCUGACUACGGUCUCACUUUCAUUAGGUGUAUUUUACUGACUGGUAUGUCCAGGUUUUACUGUACCUUUUACCAUUUUGUAGCCGUUAUGAUGUUAAUUUGAGCAACUUCUUUUGUGGUAUCUGAAAUCGUACGAUUUAAGCCAGUGCGUCUUUCCAUUUGCUCUGUGCGAUCCUAAUGUCUUGAGCGCUCCUUCACGAAUCAAACUUUCCGAGUACCACUACAAAAUUCAAUGUUUAUGUAAAACGAAACGUUACCAACAUGGCGGACAUGCACAUACUGCCAAUUAUUUCGGAUCUCCUGCGUCAUGCCUUACAUGUAUUUUGUUUUGCACUGAAUUCAUUAUGAAUCGAGUUGUGAAUAUUUUUUAACACGUUUCAGUCGUGCUAUGAUAGAUGUAACAAAUGCAAAUCACAUUAAGAGCACCUUUUCCUUCUUAAAAGUCACUUCUGCGUUAUUUAUUUUUUAGUGGGUGGGCAAACAUAGACACAUCAUCCUAAACCAGAAGCCAUCCAACUCGCCGCCAGUAAAAGACCUCAGCGAUCAUGUCUCGAUAACUAGCUCUAAUAAUUGGCGUAGCUAUGGACUUGUAAUAUGACUAGUUAACAUCAGCAUCCAGCAACUGUAGUACUUCACGGCGUACCGUACAUGGUGGAUUUCAUUCAUGGGUGGAGGUCGGAGAAAGGCCUGUACUUGCUAAUCAUGUUUUUAUUGUCAGACUUGCUAAUGUAACUCCAGUGUUGUCAUGUAAAAGCCUCCAUUCAUAAGGACAAAAGGUGUUUUUAAGAUAAAUUAGUUAAAGUGGAUGAUUGAAAACGAUUAGUUAUGUUUCUUGAAAUUACAAACCGCCACUUCUAAAGGUUCGUCGUCUGCACAGAAAGAAAUAUCACUAAAGUUUCAGCAUAAUACAUGUUGUAAAUCGUGCUUUUGUGAUGGACAUCUUCAUUGACAAUUAAAUUGGUUGUUUUAUGUUA